GGGAAGGGCGAGCAUUCGCUAUUGCGCGUGUGCGGUCCACGUUGCACCAACAUUCCCGGCAGCCUCUGCGGCACGGCCCUGGARAACCUGGAUGCGGAGCCUAUGACUGAAGAAUAGCCUUGGUCUAUGACUUUUCUCGGCCUUGAACUACAUUUCCCAGAGGCUUCGGGCCCCUAUUAUAUUCUGCAGCAUCAGUCACGAGUUGAUCUUGCAGGUCUGAGUCAGCCUGCCUGCGUCUUCGGUCGUCAGCCGCCCUCUCGCUGCGCUGAGGAGGCUCUGAAAAGGCUUCGGUCUUGGACCUGAACUGAGACUCGCACGUUGCGGACCUCCGGAACCGCUAUCCUGGAGUCCUCCACUGUUUACCAUGAAGGCUGGUGAGGAGGAGAGGAGAAUCAUUGCUGCGUAUCUGAAAAUUAAAUUCAAGGUUUCUCAGAACUUUGCUUCUCUAGAAGAACCCUGAGGAAGACUGGCCAGUUCUUGUAAACCUAAAACCAUGGCACACAAACUAGUGAAGUUCAGUGAUGUGUCUGUAGUCUUCUCUCAAAGGGAAUGGAAGUGCCUGAACCCUGCUCAGAGGGAAUUGUACAGAGAUGUGAUGCUGGAGAAUUAUAGCAACUUGGUCUCACUGGGAUAUUCUGCCUCAAAGCCAGAAGUGAUUACCUUAUUGGAGCAAGGCAAAGAGCCGUUCAUUGUGAUUGGAGAUGUGCAAGGAAGACGGUGUGCAGGAUUGUUCUCCAGAUACAAGACCAAGAAAUUACCUUCAGGAAAGGAUGCUGAUGAAGCUAGUUCGUCCAAAUCGGAGACAACAGAAAGAAGAAAAACUGUUGGACUUAAGGGAACCACUUCGAGAAAUGAGUCGCAGAACAAAAGUCAGUCUAAGGGUCAACAGGGACCUCAAGAAAAGAAUUUCAGGCAAGUGAAAAGCACUUAUAAGAAAAGGCCAACAGAGAGAAAGCAGACAUCUUCGAAUCAGAGAACAUCUAGUGGUGGGAACGCUAGUGAAGGUAGGGAACGUGGGAAAAACCUUAGUUCUGCCUCUAACUCGGGUCAAAGGGAAAAAAAUACUCCUGAGGAAAAGCAUGAUUGUCCAGAAUGUGGGGAAACUUUGAGUAGUGUCUCCCAACUUAAUCUACAUAAGAAAACUCAUAGUGGUGAAAAAGUCUAUAAAUGUAAACAGUGUGGGAUGUACUUUGGUCAUCACUAUCAGCUUAUUUUGCAUCAGAAAUUUCACAGUGGUGAGAAACCCUAUGAAUGUCAAGAAUGUGGUGAGACCUUUACUCUUUUCUCACAAUUCAGUCGACAUCAGAAAUAUCAUACUGGUGAAAAACCCUAUAGAUGUAAGAAAUGCAAGAAAAGAUUUAGUAGUAGUUCAGAGCUUUCUGAGCAUGAGAAAGAGCAUACUGGUAAGAGGUGUUUUGAAUGUAAGGAUUGUGGAAAGUUUUUCAGACUUAAUUUCUACCUUACAGAACAUCAGAAAACCCACACUGGGGGGAAAUCCUAUAAAUGUAAGGAAUGUGGGAAAGCUUUUAGUGUAAUUGGACAGCUUACCCGCCAUCAGAAAAUUCAUAUGCGUGCAAAACCCUAUGAAUGUAAGGAAUGUGGGAAGUCUUUUAGACUCAGUUUAUAUCUCACAGAACACAAAAAAAUACAUAGAGGCAAGAAACCUCACGAAUGUAAGCAUUGUGGGAAAAGCUUUAAUGUCCGUGGACAGCUUACUCGGCAUGAGACAAUUCACAGUGGUGUAAAACCCUUUGAAUGUGAGGUGUGUGGGAAGGCUUUUGGUUAUAAUGGUGACCUUCGAGUGCACCACAGAAUUCAUACCGGUGAGAAACCACAUAAAUGUAAGGACUGCGGGAAGGCCUUUAUGCUUCGUUCAGCCCUUACUGAACAUCAGAGAAUUCAUUCUGGCGUAAAGCCCUACGAAUGUAAGGAAUGUGGGAAGACAUUUAGAGGGCGCUCCCAAGUGAGCCUGCAUAAGAAAUUUCAUACUGACCUGAAACCCUACAAAUGUGCAAAAUGCGGGAAGACCUUUAGAUUUGGUUUCUACCUGAGUGAACAUGAGAGAGUUCAUACUGGGGAAAAGCCCUAUAAAUGUAAAGAAUGUGGAAAGGAUUUUAUUCGUAGAGGAAAUCUUAAAGAACAUCUGAAAACUCAUUCAGGUGUAAAGCCCUACGAAUGUAAAGAAUGUGGAAAGUCCUUCAGUUGGCGUGGUCAGUACACUCAACACCUGAAAGUUCACUCAGGUGAAAAACCCUUCAAAUGUAAGGAAUGUGACAAGGCCUUUAGUCGCAUGGGAGACCUUAGAAUCCAUCAAAGGAUUCAUACUGGUGAGAAACCUUAUGGGUGUAAAGAAUGUGGAAAGUCUUUUAGACUUAAUUCACACCUUAUUGAACAUCAGCGAAUUCAUACUGGUGAGAAACCCUAUGAGUGUAAGGUGUGUAAGAAGGCCUUUAGACAGCGAUCACAUCUUUAUCAGCAUCAGAAAACCCAUAAUGUAACUUAAUAUAAUACUGCCUUUCCAUUUGCAUGCUCUGGUUAUUAGAAUAUCAAAAACAGACAGAAACUCUGUCAGUGUGCCAAUCUUUCUUUAGAUGUGUUAACUUAAUAAUUGUGUAAGAACCUUUUAAUGCCUCUCAGUCCUUGUUGAAUUUAAAGGAAUUCAUACUAGAAAAUAAACCUGUCGAUGUAAAAAUUGUGGAAAAGUGUUGUUAGCAAUGAUAUACUAUCAUCAUUGCCYUUCCACUACUCUGAUACCUGUGUGAUAUCAAGCAAAACAUGUAGGUCUUGUUGCCUCAGUUGUAAAAUGAUACCUACCUAAAAGUGUGGCUAGUGGUGUAUACAUCAUCAAUAAUGGUUAUACAGUAUACUGUAACGUGUGAUACUGUGAAAACUGUCUGGCCCCAAACUGUUUUUGAAUUAUUAUUGGAUAUUAUUGUUUUCAUUAUUAUCAGCAUUACUAUUAGUGAAUUUAAAAUAGAAAGAUAAAAGUGGAGGAAAUAACAUAGAAAGACCAUUCAACACUUGCUAUGUUUUGGGCAGAUCAUCUUUGAUAAAAAUCUGUUAUGGACUAAAUGUUUAGAAUCCAUAUAGGAUAUGCAAUCCCAACCAGAUGGUGUUUGGAGGAGGGGCCUCUGUGGUUAUUAGGUCAUGAGGGUACAGUCUUCACAAAUAGGAGUAUUUCCAUGAUAAGAACAUCCUCCAAACCUAGAUAGUUCUCUUUCAUCUUCUUUCAACCACAGGAAGAUACAAGUGAGGAAUCAGCAACACAGAAGARGGCCCUCACCAAAAUCCAAACAUGCUGGCACUCUAAGCUUAUACUUUCAGCAUCCAAAACUUAUAUUUAUAAGACACUAAGUCCAUGGUAUUUCAUUAUAGCAGCCCAAACUAACUGGGAAAAUCUAUUAGAACACAGAACRUGAGAAAGUUUGAAUUCAAACCAUAGUAAGUUCUACCAGAAAAUUAAAGCUCAAAGAGAACUAAGGAUUCAUAACUGCUGAAAUAUCAAGGAGAGAUGUGAUAUAAUUUACCUAUAAUAAUGUAGAACUUAUAACUAUUCCCCAAUUCUAUUAUGAAAAUUUUCAGACAGAAGAAAAAUACAUUCUGAUACCCAUUUAGCCCUCUGGCUAGAUCUGAAAAUCUGAACUUUGCCUAUUUGCUAUUUUUUUCAGAAAUACACAUAUACAUCUGUAUACACACACACACACACACACACACAUAAACAUUUUAUUUAUUUAUUAUCUACUUGCAUGCUCUGGUUAUUAGAAUAUCAAAAACAGACAGAAACUCUGUCAGUGUGCCAAUCUUGAACCCAGGGGCACUUUACCCCUGAGCUAUAUCCCUAACCCUUUUUAUUUUUAUUUUUUUUUUAAUUUUGAGAUAGAGUCUCACUAAAUUGCUUGGGACUAUCUGUGAAAUUGUGUGAUGAGAUAUAGCACAUCUCUACAACAGAAUUAACAAGUGAUUACACAAAUUAUUCAAACAGUCAUAUUGAAAUAAAAACUUAAAGGGAUUUUUAUAGCUGGAAAGAUGGAGUAGAUGUCCUUUUGUUCCCCCUCUUCCUCCCACUACAUUCAUCUCAAACCCCUAGGUAGUAUACAUCAAACAAACACAAAAUUGGAAAUAUUGAGAGAAGAAAACAAACUUGCUAGGGGACACAAAACCCAAGGGAUGACAUGGUGGCAUUCCAUGGGAUUUAUACCCCAGUCUUGGAACUAAAGACUGACAGCAAUACUGAAAUGCCAAUAGGCAGAGAUAGGGUAGGGAGAGCCUCAGGAAAAGUCUACUUUCUAGCCGAAUAAACAGGAAGGGACAGUGGAGCAAGAGUGGAAGCAUUGAGACAAUAACCCCUCCAGCCAAAAAAAAAUUCUGCAGCUUGGUUUUUGUAUAUAUCAGUUGUUUGCUCCUUGUCAUCUGAAGAGUAUUCCGUUGUAUGAAUGUGACAUGGUUCAUCCAUUUACUCACUGAAUAACAUCAGAGCUGUUUCCAAUUUGGGGCUAUUACAAAUAAAGCUACCAUAAAAUAUUCAUAUGCAGAUUUCUAUGUAAACAUAGUUUUCAUAUCUCUAGGAAGGAUGCCCAGUGAUGUAAUUUCUUGAUAUUAUGGUAUCUGCAUGUUUAUGUUUUUAAGAAACUACCAGUUUUCCAGAUUGGUAGUGCCAAUUGGUCAUCCUCACCAGCAACAUGUGAUAGUUUGUCCAUCCUCCUUCCUUGGCUUUGUCACUGUGUUUUUGUUGUGGUAAUCUGGAUAAGUCUGUAGUAAUAUUUCAUUGUCAUUUUAAUUUGCAUUUGCCUAAUAACUAAUGAUGUUUAAUAUCUUCUUGUGCUUCUUUGCCAUCUAUAUAUCCUCUUUWAAAAAUCUYGUGAUAUCUUACAUUUCCUGUCCUUUUCCUAAGUGUAUGAAUUGAUUGUUUACCYUUUUUUUAGAACUUAUUUACAUAUUCUAGAAAUUAGUCCCUUAGUUAGAUGUGUGUUUUGCAAAUAUACAUAUAUAUAUUUCCCAAUCUGUAGUUGUAGCUUCAUUCUCUUCACAAUAUUCUUAAAAGAGUUAUUUUUAUUUUUAAAAAUUUGUGGAUCUACCACCACUCCUGACAUGGAAAUCCAAAUGAAGAGCCUAGAUUUCUACAUUUGCAAUCUAUAACAGAGUGUCCAAAUGUCCCGCCAGAUAGGAAAAAAAAAAAAAAAAAAAAAAAGCCUGUUGUGAAUCCAGGGCCUUUCAUCUCCAUCAGGCAGUGAACAGUCCUCUUUGCCCAGGAAAGGAUAAAGAGGAAGAUACUUUGGGGAAUAAGAACUUUUAAAAGCUCCCAAAUAUUCCUAGGAAUUUAAAAGGCCACAUGAAUAAGCAGGACUGAGCAUAUAUUUAGGAAAAAAAUUGGGGUGGCCAUAAGCUCUUACCUUUCUGUCAGACCUUCAGGUUCUGUACAAGCAGAAAGUAAAGGCUAAUUCAGAAUUGUAAACUGGUUGAAGAUUGAAGAUGUGCCCUAACACACAGCCUAUCUGCAAAGACUGGGAGUUUUUGUUUUAUUCCAAGCACUUAAGUUAGCCCUAGCUUGGGAGUUUUUGUUUUAUUCCAGGCACUUAAGUUAGCCCUAGCUGGGCACAGAAUUAAUGGAACAGAGACUUCAGUGUUCACACACGACAAAAAAUACAGAAUGUAAAAAUUAAUUCAGAAAAGUCACUUAAAGUACAACCAGCAACACCAACAAAACUUACAGGAUGGCAGACUCUUAAUUUCUAGGGUUGCCACAUGAUAAUAUUCAAUGUCCAAUUUUAAGUGCAUGCGUGCACACACAUACACACAUACACAAGUUAGCAGGCAAGCAAACCAGAAACAUAUGUGAAAAUCAAUAGGAACUGAGAAAACACAGUAAUUAGACAAAAGGUCUUUAAAUUUUUUUUUUAGUUAUACAUGAACACAAUACUGUAUUUUUAUUUAUUUUUUAUGUGGUGCUGAGGAUCAAACCUAGUGCCUCACAUGUGCUAGGGAAGUGCUUUACCACUGAGCUACAAUCCUAGCCUCUAGACAUAAGUUUAAAAUCAGCUGUCUUAAAUAUGUUCAGUGAGCUCAAAGAAACCACAUAUAAAAAACUAAAGAAGAUUGAGAUCAAUGACUCUGCAAAUAGAGAAUAUCGAUAAAGAAAUGGAAAAUUUUAAAAGGAACUGAAUAGUUUAGACUUGAAAAGUAUAAUAACCAAAAUGAAAAAUUCUCUGGAGGGAUUCAACAGCAGAUCUGAGCAGAGAGAAGAAAAAAAAAUAGCAAAUUGAAGAUAGGGCAACUGAAAUUCUCUAGUCUUAGAAGCACGAAAAAAAGUAAAAGAAAAAAAAAACCAGA